AUGAUUUUGUAUAAACCACUGUUAGGACAGUCAUCUGGAAAUACCUGUCCACCCAAUCUGCCAAACACUGGUUGUAGUACAGUCGACUUAGUAUACAAAACAACUGUCACCUGUAGUUCACUUACUGGUUCGCUAAAACAAUUGUCGGAAACAUUUAGACAACUAUCCGGCUAUAGGUUAGACCAGUUAACUAUUGCCAACUAUCCGUACGCUAACCUACCGGUACGGGUAUUCACCGAUAGUACAAUCAUACGUAAGAUUACUAUAGAAAACUCGCAACAAUUACUCAGAUUUAUUGGUAGCAAUGGUCAGUCAUUUUUCGACAAUAUAGCCAAUAAUGUGGAAUCGUUUAGAGUUGUCAACUGUCCUAAUAUUUUAACGGUUCAAUGGCCACGUUUGGCUAGUUUAUUAGCUGGCGKCGGCACUAGUAUUCUAGAUGAACUUGGUCAAUUAUUGUUAUCAACUAGUAUUGUUGAUAAUAAUAGUAGGWCACGACUACGUGAGCUGGUUAUCUACCAGAGCAUCGGCAGCGGCACUGGUAGUAUAACUGCACCUGUAUUUARUAAUCUAGAUUGGUUUCGACCGUUAGGAUCAACCAUMGAAACRUUGAUUAUACGUGGAUCAGGUAUUGAAAUGUUUGUCGACAAUUUGCUACCGUUUCCAAAGCUCCGGUAUCUAGAUUUUGCUCAGUCAUCUGGUUUAAAACAAUUUAAACUMAYAGCACCUGUACCCGAAACAUUGAAAACCAUUAAUCUAGAGUCGACAAUUAUUAGCCAAUUUGAUCGGCAAACUAUUAACUAUUUACUGGCCAGUGUUGACUAUGUCAAUUUAAAUGGAAAUAACAAUCUUGAUUGUAACUGUGACAUAAUUGUCAAAGACAAAAUUAAUGAUGAAAAAAUUUUGAAAAUGUUUCAUGGUGCAAAAUGUGGUAUACCAUCACAAUUAGUUAAUCAACCCUAUUAUUCAAUAUGUUUAGAUAAACAUAAUUAA